AUUAGCAAUUUCUGGAACGCAUGUGUGCGCCAGGAAUUAUCGAGGGCAUAGAGGUGGUCGUCCGAUCGAAACCGAGGAGGAUCUUCGGACUGUGCGGAGAUGGAGUCGGUGAAGAAUCUGCUGCGACCUAAGCCCAAUCCUCAACAGCAGCUCCGGGAAUGGCAGCGCCGCCUCCGCCAGGAGGGUCGCAACAUCGAGCGCCAGAUUCGAGAUGUACAGAGGGAGGAGAAGAACGUGCAGAAAGCGAUCAAAGAAGCCGCAAAAAGGAACGACAUGGCCUCAGCGAAGUCUCUUGCUAAGGAAAUUGUCAGAUCAAGAAGAGCUGUCAACCGUCUUUAUGAGAACAAGGCACAACUAAAUUCUGUUUCGAUGCAUCUUGGUGAAUUAGUUGCAACGGCCAGAACUGUGGGUCAUCUGUCCAAAAGUGCUGAGGUUAUGAAGCUCGUCAAUAAUCUAAUGAAAGCUCCUGAAGUUGCUGCUACCAUGCAAGAGUUUAGUAAAGAAAUGACAAAGGCUGGAGUGAUGGAAGAAAUGGUGAAUGAUGCUGUCGAUACAGCUUUAGACUCUGAAGACAUUGAGGAAGAAAUAGAAGAGGAAGUGGACAAAGUGCUCGCUGCAAUAGCCGGUGAAACCAUAUCAGAGUUACCAGAUGCUACUAGCAAGCAGAAGAUAAAACAACCAUCAACCAGCAUCAAGAUUCAAGCGCAAGAAGCCGUCGCUGAAGGUGCAGAUAAUGAAGACCUGGACGAGAUACGGGAACGGCUAGCCAGGGUAAGAUCAUAGCUUGACUCCAUUUUGCAAGCACUAGUGGCACUAGUGCCUGGUCGAGGCACAAAGAUGCUGAGUAAUUGUUGCUAUAUGCUGCCGCGAAUCUAAUUCUAAAUGUUGUAUUUACUUGAGGGGAGCUCCAACACACAAACUAUCUUGAUGGCCGCCUAUCUAUUUUGUGCUUAGUGGAAGAACCUAAUUCUGUGCAUAUAAAGGAAACUUGUGAAGGUGAGUGUUUCUACUUUGCUGCAAACUUGAGGCUCAUAAAUUUCUGAAUCAUUCCCUUUUAACUCGAUGAAUAGAUGUUUAAGAUAGA